AUGACAAUCACAGGCCUUCUUCUCGCCGCCCUUGCAGGCACCGCUAUUGCCCAGUCAAGCGACCUGGUCACGGUUCUCAACUCGACGAAUGGCACUGCCACCUUUAGUGAGGUUCUUGCAGAGAUUCCUGGGUUUCUAGAAGCCAUCGCUGGCAAGACAAACAUCACCGUUCUCGCCCCUAACGAUACUGCUAUUGCGGAACUUCUCGCUUCACCGGCCGGGCAGGCACUCGAAGAUGGCGGCGCCGACUACGCUCUGAACCUGGUCCUGUACCAUGUCAUCGACGGAGGUUAUGAGAAUAUUACCGACUAUGCUGUUGUGCCGACACUCCUCACCUCGAGCAACUAUACGAACGUGACUGGCGGACAGCACAUUGGCUUUUACUGGGACGACGAUGAAGACGUUGUCGGCUUCUAUGGUGGCAAUGACUUUGCACCAGAGGCUAGCCAUACACCCAUUCCUUUUGAUCAAGGAUGGAUCUAUGUCCUCAAUGGUGUUUUGCAGAUUCCCCCGUCCAUGUCGGAGACCGUCACCUCGGGCGACUUCAACGGCAGUUCGUUCGUCGCCGCACUCGAAAAGGCAGGCUUGAAAGAGGAAUUUGAUCUACUCCACGAUGCUACAUACUUCGUGCCGGUCAAUGACGGGUUUGAUGCCGUCGAGGAUGCUCUCUCAAAACUCAGCACGGAGGAGCUGGCUGAGGUUCUCAAAUAUCAUGUUGUGGCCGGCAAGGUUUGGGACUUCGAGCUGUUGGAAAAAGUGUCUCAAGUGACUACUUUGCAAGGAAAGAACUUGACUGUCACUCAGACCCCCGACGAAGAGUGGUUCAUCAAUCAAGCGGGAAUCCAUUACACUGACCUUGCAGUUGCUGGUGGUGUUGUCCUGUUCAUCGACAAUGUCCUGAAUCCCCUUGCUGCUGACUUCGCUGCUCCCCGUAAUGGUACUGACGGGGAGGGUCUGCCUGCGUUCACCGUAACGAAUGCCACCUCGACAUCGGGAACUAAUGAUUCAACUUCGAGCACGGCAUCCGCCAGCCCUAGCAUUGCAAGCGCUACGUCCACCGGCCUGGCAGCAAUGCCAUUGAGUGUUGGUAUCAGCACCUUGAUAGGUGGCAUUGCAGUUGCUCUCCUUUUCUAG